AUGGCCAACGGCGAAGAUCACCCCCACUUAAACGGAGCAAAGAACAUCGCCACAGGAGUGGCAGGUGGAAUUGGAGCCUCGUCCGUCGCAAACGCACUUGGCUGCGGCCAAGCAGGAGGUAUUAUUUCCGGGGUCGCAGGUUCGAUCGGUGCAAAUAAGGCGGAACAGAAGGGGGAAGAGAAGUUGAGGAAUGACACUGUUAACACUAUCAAGGACAUCGGAGUCGGUGUUGCCGGCUCUUUGGGCGGUAACAAGGUUGCUGAUAAGUUAGGUCUUGGCCAAGUGGGCCACAUUGCCGCUGGUAUUGGUGGUGGUGUUGCUGCUGGUAACGCCGAACACAAGCUUGAAGAUGAAGCCAAGAAGGAUUGA